UGAACACUAUCGCCUCCUUUUUGGGUAAUGGAAAGAUUAAAAUCUGGCGACAGAUGUCAAGCAAAGUACCUCUCGCCUGGUAUGUUUUGCUUUCCAUAUGCAAAUAUAAACCACCAGUGUCUUGACUAUAAACAAUAGCGGCGUGAAGAACGUGCUCGCUCAAAGCCUCUUAUGGACUUAAUCUUUCUCUUUACUUGACAACUCUACGCAAAAUACUCAGUUCUCUACGACAAAAUUUCGAAAUUCAUCGAUUUUUAGCGGAGGACACUUUUUUGGUGAAAUACUCAGAGAUGGAUGAUGAACGGCUUCAGCUUGCUAAACGCCAUUCUUUUCCGUAUAUGAAAGUGUGCACAUGGAAUAUUUUGAAAUCGGGAUCGGCGAAUGAAGUAGAGAUAGAAAUCCCCAAAGCGGAUUCAGUCCCUGUUAUUGAUUCCGAAGGGACAAGCGAGGAAAGAGAGGCCCGCCUAGAAGCAGCGAUUUUGUGGAUACGAAAGGAAUUGGUAGGUAAAAAAAAAUGUCAAAAGAUACCGAAAAUUGUGUUGGAAAUAUAUUCAGUUUAGCGGAUUUCGGAACGUCAAGGAAAAAAUUACUGCGGCAUUUCUUUGAGAUAACUAAAUAUUCUCGAACUAAGAGACUUUUUAGCUAGAACCCGUGUAUUCUUGCAGCGGACAGGUCGAAACCUGUAACAUUUUUAUUUUUCCUUCGAGGGGCUGUUUAUGUUUCUGCAUUUUUGAUUACAAUGUCGCAAAAGUCUUUAUCGUUUUCGACGCGUGACAUACUUGGGAUAAUAAUAGUCACAGAUAAGGCCUUAACAUAGAUCUUCACCAUAUAAAGAUCUAGAAUCUAUCUCCUCGCCAUAUGGUCUAAUAAUUUCUGUUUUAAAAGUCUCCACCUGCCUAGAAAAAGAUGGAACUGCACGGAUGAUAAUGUAAUACCAAUACCCGCGACGAAUUACAUGAUCAAAAAGUCAACGAAACAAAUACAAAGUGCACAAAGAGGAACAAAAUAAAUUUUAAAAUAUUUUAAAUAUAGAGAUAAAAUAAAAGACAAGUCGUCAUACUUUCUUUUUUUUUAAUUUCAUUUCAUUUUUUUUUUGGCGAAGAACACUAUCAUUGGUCAAUAAUAAUGCACAAUACUCUCUGUCUGUAGAAACAGAAAGAACAAUAGUGCAAUAUCGGCAGACUCCAAUUGUGUAAAUUAACAACAGAGUUAUGUUAUUCGCAGCCAUAACAUCCUAUUUAUAGAAAUACAGGUUAGACACAAUAUGAUUCAUCACAAGAGCUGACAAGCUUAGUAACGUAAUCACUUGAUCCUUUUAGCGAAUCAAACACAGCUAAUUAAAUGCUUUCGGAAUACCUCCUUAAUAAAACACACUAUCAACAAAGUAUCUUGUGUACUCAAAACUAAUUGACCUUCAGUUCAACGAUGUGUCGCUCAAUCUCACUUCGUCUAGUUAGUGGUAAGUGCGGCAUGAAAACGUACUGGAUUUGGGAAAUUUCGCACUUAAAAUGGGGCUAGAGCUGAGAUGAGUAUAGACAGUAUAACUUGGAUGUCCAUUAUUACGGUACAAUGUAAGAAAAAUUGAAAAUGACAUCUGAUGCUUCUUCGUAAUUAGUUUUUGACGAAAACAAGCUAAUAUCGAGAGAGGUGUCACUUCACCGGAAUAGAGAGAAAUAUCGAGGUGUCUACUGUUUCAACAAAAAAAAAAGUUCGCGCAAAUACCGAGCAGAAGCGCAAUGGAAAAUCGAAAGACUCCAAACUUUAAGAAUGCAUUUCGGAAGUUCGCCCAAUUAUUUUUUUUAAACGACAGUGUACAAAUUGUUUCGCUGAAGAACAAUUCUUUUGAGCUAUAGCAGCUUCUGUAUGAAUAUACUGAGCAUAACCCAAGCAGGGAUGUCGGAGAUGGAAAGGUCCGUGUUCCAGGCCUGAUCACAUCGAUGGUUUUUCGUAAUUAGUAUAUGACAAAAAUAAGCUAAUAUCGAGAGAGGUGUCACAUCACCUGAAUAAAGAGAAACAUCGAAGUGCCUACUGUUUCAACAAAAAGGGAAAGUUCGCGUAAUUACCGAGCAGAAGCGCGAUGGAAAAUCGAAAGAUUGCAAACUUUAAGAAUGCAUUUCGGAAGUUCGCCCAAACAAUUUUUGUAAAGGCAAUGCACAAAUUGUUUCGCUCAGCAACAAUUCUUUUGAACUAUUGCAGCUUCUGUAUGAAUACACUGAGCAUAACCCAAGCAGGGAAGCCGUGGAUGGAAAGGUCCGUGUUGCAGGCCCGAUCACAUAGUUGUACUGUAUUCUUGGGCAUGACACUUUGAUAUUCCGGUGCCUCUUCCUACCAAGGAAUACUAAUGGCAAGUGCUGAACUGUACAUGUUGGGGGAACCUGCCAAGGGCCAGUAUCACCCCAUCCAGGGGAGGGGGGGGGGGAAAGCAACAGUCCCGGUUGCCUGAUGCUACAGAAACCGGAUGAGUUCCGCCAGAAGAGCCACUGGGUUCGUGGUCGUGUUCGCUUAACUGUAGGCUCGUGAGACUAAUCUACACUCUUCUGUGUCUUAACAGGCUGAUAUGCGGCAUCAGGACAAGUAUCUCACAAGGCAGUUCAUUCAUCUGAGAGCUACAAUCCAACGUAUCAAGAGCGAAAGUUUGCUCGAUGGGCUGGAAGGAAACACUGACAAGCUAAAGGAGACCUCUUUCCGACAUUCGAUACCUGGACCUACAAUCCGACCGAUGUUCGGUAGAAGCAUAUCUUAUAUGUAGUAGACCAUUGUUGUUCCUGUGUCACGCGCAAUGAAGAGUUGCGUUACAAUUCUUGAUGUGACAAAAAAAAGUUAGAAUAAUAAAUCAUGCUAUAAUUUAAGUGCUUCCUUGCCGUCGAAAUUUCAUCGUUUGUGUUUAACAAGUACGUUAAAAGAGAGUAACGCUUGAUCGGGGAUGUAAAAAUAGGUACCUAAAAUAAAACAUUGAUGGAAAGGGAUCACCCUUGCGGUAGCUGAGUCCGUGUCGUUGUAGUUAGUAAAUCCAAAUAGGGUCAAUUAGGAGUUUUGUAGAGGAUAAUAAGACAACCGGUCUGCUAUCAUGCAAAAAUAGUCAACCACUUCACGAUUACAUUUUGCAGUUUACCGGAAAAAAAUACAAUUGAUUGCACAUAUUGAACAAAAGUUCACGAAAAUUAUUAAAUGGGUUGGAGCAGUACACGAAUAGCCUCAGACGCUGUGAAAAUAGUUAAGUACCAUGUGCAAUUUACGAUUAUCGCAAGAAAUAUGAUGAAAAUUGUACUAAUAUUUUAGAGAGUCGUUGAUUUAAACCAGAAAUCACUUCCGCAAGGAUUACUCAUACGUAGUAAAAAAUGACUUUAAUUAAAAGCAAGCCAACUAUAACUAAAUACAAAUACUAAAUAAAUGUAUUAGUACAUCUCAGUUGAAAACAAUUUCAGUUAUUUUCCUUUAUUAUAAAUCGCUCCCCAUCAUAUUAUCCCUAACAGGUGGGUAAAUUUGUGUCAGAUUAUUAAACUAAUUUUCACAGCCACUCCAAUUUCUGAUAAAUUUUGAAAACCACCAUUCAAUAUUAUUUCGUGAAAACCGUUUUCUGUAAUAAUUAAAUAAAAUAUAUAUCACUUUUCAAUUUCGUGCCAAAAACAAGAAAAUUGUUUUAGAAACUGAUAAUUUUGUGGUUAUAACAGCAACUCUAAUUUAUGUUAAUUUUGUAAAAACAUUAUUCAAUAUUACUUCGUGAAAACCGUUUUUUUUAGUAAUUAAAUAAAAAUAUAUCACUUUACAAUUUCGUGCCAAAAAUGAUGACAAAAAUUUAAAUGAUACAAAACAUGAACAAUGUUUUAGACACUGAUUAUUUUGUGGUUAUCACAGCCACUUUAAUUUCUGUUAAUUUUUGUAAUUUUGUAACUUGUGGAAACCGUUUUCUUUAAUAGAUUAAUAAAAAUAAUAAUUUUCCUAUUUCGAGCUAAAAAUGAUAACAAACCUUUCAAAAAAAGACGAAAAUGUAUUUUUCAUUGAUUAUCUUGUGGUUAUUCACCCUUAUUUGAAAGCAUGAAA